AAUUAUUGUGCAAUUUUUGUUAGAAUGGAUGGAAAAGGCCUUUCAAAAGCCCUGAUCGAAGAAAACGUGCAGCUAAAGCUUUAUAUUGAUGAGCUUAACAAGGAAUGUUUAGAAUUGCAGGCUGCACUUUUCGAGGAAGCCAACAAAAUGGCCCAAGAUGCCUAUGCUGCCAGACACACUGCUGUAAAACGUGCUGAGGAACUAUCAAAGGAAAAUGGGGUUUUGAAAAACGAAGUUCAGGCUCUUAAAAGGCUUCUCAGAUUGCAUCAAGAAGAGAGCGCUGAUGCAAUUGCUGUUUGCAGGUCAGAGGUGUUUUCUGAAGUAAAUGGCAAGAGUGCUUCCUCACGACGUCUGAGUCUCCUUAGGAGUGCCACAACUAGCCUCCCACCGACAGGCGUCUCUGCAGGGGAGAUGGACAAGGACAGAUUCCUCUCCACGUCCACUUCCAUAAUCAAUGUGACCUCACAGGAACCUGUCACUCGGAAGUACCUUCUUGAGGCACUUACGUCUGGUGUCUCUUGCGCCGACAGCAUUGGGGACAAGCAUUACCAGUCUCUGAUAAACCAACACUAG